UUUUGAUCCUACGGAAAAUAAUAUCUUAAGCACUCCGAUGAUCAGGCAGGUAUGAACAGUGUAAGGUAUUUUAUGGUUAUUUGUCGGAGGGAAAGGUAAUCAGAGAUGCUUGUUGUUGAUGAUGUUGUUCCUCGGCAUACCGCCUUGGACAUUUAACUCAUUAACCAAACAUACACUUUGUAUUCUCAUACCGAUGUCAAAUGACAUCACGGGGUCCCGGUUACCCAGACCGAAAAAGAAAUAACUCCAUGCGUUUCCGGUUCUUUUUCUCUUUCUCGACCUUGAACAAUCUUCUACCAUUUUGAUGCACUCAAUAAAUUGGUUGCAUCCCAAAUAAAACUAUCACCAAUCCCAACGCGCAUGGACAGCGGCAAUACUCAGCCCCGUUCCUCGCCACUCACACUCGUAUCAUUUCUACCAUUCUUCGAUCACACCAUGAAUCUCGUUGCAUGACAAUCUCCCUUUCAUUGAUCUCGUUCAGCAACAAUACUUGCCGAACCCCAAUUAAUCUCCGUAUAUCCUCACCAUCGCUAGGGAUAUAGCGAUGGAAGAAGGAACCGCCAGUACCAACCCUUUAGAACCUCCGCCGCUCCCUUACUCACUACGGACACGAAAGAAGUCAAUCGCAUUUUUCUGGAUAUUUUUCGUUUUUGACACCCUCGCUCAACCUGUGGCACUCUACUUCGGUCUGUGGUAUGGCACAAACCUGUCGCAUAAUUUAGUUUUUACCAUUGUGACAGCUGCAUUAGGAGGAAUUUCUGUAUUUGAAUACUUCUACCGGCUCUACAACUUAUUCCGAAAGGAUUCUCGCGCUCGGCCGUUGAAUGCACGGAAAUCAUGGCUGGACUUCUUCCAUAUUAAUUUCACCAUUGUCUGGUUGAUCCUCGCCGUUGAACUUAUUGUAGGAACGGUCCAGGAGGAACCCUAUGUGAGACUAGUAGCUAUGGUCCUCCCGAGCGUCAUGUUUUACUUCGGUGGUGUCUACUUGGCCCUCGAUGUUCUCCGUGUGCUAGGGUUCAAGGCCCCUUUCCGGAUUUCCUCGACCCCAAAGGGCUCUACGAUGCCCACGGCUCUCUAUGUUAUGAUCGAAGAUGUGGUAGCAGUGGAUGGGGGCGGGGGCCAGAAAUACCGGUAUGCGCUUCGAGUCCGGUAUCUUUCCAGCCCAUACUUCCGCCGGAUGCUCUUUCAAAUGAACUGUUUCUGGGCCGGGGGCUCUAUUGUUUUCGCUGCUGUCAUCACUGCAAUUGUCUUUACGACACCAAAGCCUGUUGCGUACACGCUUGGAUGGUCCUUACCAUUCGUUUGGGCCGGCGUCUGGACGCUCAUCACCAUCCCGUGGGUCCAAAGUGAUCUUCGUCGCGAGAAGAAAGCAUGGGCUGAAAACCGCGGCCAAGGAGGCAUUCCCUAUACGGAUGAUAUUAGCGCGCCGGCUGAUCGGACUCGACUCGAGUCGAUACACGAACAUCUGUGGCCUUGGGGCCGCGAGAAAAACAAGGAACAGCCCUCGACGCAAUCUACCCCGUCUGACGGCCAUUCCAACGUAUGAUUCAAUAUUUUGCGUGACAAAAAGGCGCUAGUUGUGAACAGCAAGGUUAACGACGAUAUGCUUUAAAUCCCACAUGUAUCCAAUGUAUUCUAUAUAGAUACCCUAGCUCUAAUGUAUUCAGGUCAAUGUAUAU